AUAUUAGAAUUCCAUUCCGUCACAAAUAUUCAAACUUCACUCAAUAAACUGAAUAAUCAAGAGAAAAGAUGGUUCCUUGCUCAACCAUACCCAAAUCUAAGGGGAGUAUGUAAAGUUAAGAAAGGAAUGUUUUGGUUGCCGAUCAUAAAAAAGGUUAAAAUAGUGAUAUAUAUGUUAAAUUAAUUUCCGAUAUAUAUAUAUAUAAUCUCCCGAGAGAGAGAGAGGAGAGGAGAGGGCAGAGAGAGAGACAGAUGAUGUUUGUGAGACAAAGGGCAGUGGCAACUCUGCCAACUCUGAUGAGAGCUCUGCGGAAGGAGCCUCCAAAACCCACUACUCAGCCGCUGCCUUCCCUCCGACGCGCUUUCUCUCUCUACGAUCAGAUCAAUCUCAUCGAUAACGUCCCCGAAGAUCAACUCCGCUUUCAAGGGUAUACUGACACUGGAUUCACUGUAAGUGGAGUACAGUAUGAAGGGAGCUUGCUUUGUGUUGGAAAUGUUUUAUUGUCUUGGGGUCCAAAGAAAUUAUCGGAAAUCACUGCAGAUAGCUUAUCUAUCUUUCGAAUUGUGCGUCCUAUACCAGAAAUUUUGAUUCUUGGCUGUGGAAGACAUAUUGAACAAGUAGAUCCUGAGCUUCGACGCUACAUCCAAUCUACUGGCAUGAAACUAGAAGCAGUUGACUCGAGAAAUGCUGCAUCAACAUACAACAUACUAAAUGAGGAAGGCAGGAUUGUGGCUGCUGCACUUCUCCCCUAUGGAGUUUCUCGUGAUGCCUAAUUGCUGCUAGCUUCUCCUCUGAGGUUGUGAUCUUCAAAAUGCGUUUCAUUUCUUUUGUUUGGGAAGCUGCUAAAAAAUGUCUUAAUACCCUGUUUUGGUGGAUGUAAUGUAGCUUGAGUUAGCUAACUUUUUAAUUUAUUUGUUUAAUAAAGGUGGCCUUUAGAUUGUGAA